CAAUGUCUGACGAUAAAUUAGAUUGCAUUAAGGUUUCUUAAUAAGUUGCAGAUAAACUUAAAAGAUAAGUAUUAGAUUUCAAAAAAAUGAUGGACUCUUUUCAAAAGAGAUUUUAAUCAGAUCAAAGCAAUUAAUAUUAUAUUAUGUGCUUAAAGUAUUUAAAUAUAUUAUUCAGGUGGCUAAAUCAAUGGAAGGAAUAUGUUUCAUAUGAAGAAUUACUGGCUAACAAAAAUCCGAGCAAAUACUUUGGAAAACUAAAUAUGGAGCAUAUAAACAUAAAUUUAGAGGAUAAAGUUCAAAGAUGCUUCAAAUAUUCUCCAAUAAAAGAUCACCCAUGGAAUACAUUUAUGAAAGAGAAUCUCUAAGAAAAUAUUGAUUAUAUUAUAGUUGAUAAGGAGAUUUGGCAAUUCUUUACAACAUAUUAUCAUGGUACACCAAUUAUAAGAUGGUCUAAUGGAUAAGGGACAGAUAAAACAGUAGCAGUCAAUUUAUUAAAAGUAUUUAUAGAAUACUAUUAUUCGAGUUUAAAAGUGCUUUGCUUUAUCCAACAGUAAUCAAGUAGAUUGCAAUGGAUACUUUUUAGAAAUAAUCUUUUGAUCAUGAAUAUUUAUAAGUUGAUAGAAGUAUGAAAUUGAAAGACUAUUAUAUUUUACUUCAAAAGACUAUUACAACAUUCACUGGGAAUUUUGCAAAAGAUAACAAUAUCAGAAUUUGGAGAUAUUAAUCAGAUUAGAAAGAUGUAUUUAAAGCAUUCUUUACAGAAAUUUAAAAAUAAGUUGGAGUAUUAGAGAAUAAUGAUGAAAUGAGUUUUGAUUUUUAGGGUGAUUAUGUUCAUUAUUCAAUAUACGAAACUAUUGAAGAUGUAGGAAUUUUAGAUAAUCAUUUGAUUAUUAUAGAAGUAAAAAAAAUGUUAUUUAAAUAGUUUAAAGAUGAAUAUAAGCCUUGGUGUAUUCGUAAUAAAGCCGUGUAAAUCGAAGGAAAGUGUGAAAAUUGUUAAGUUGUUAAAGUGCUUAAUCAUCCAUGUGUAUGUAGGAAAGUAACCUAUUGUUCAUAAGAAUGUAAAUCUAAAGAUUACAACUUUCACAGUAUGAGAUGUGAGAAAUUUGGAUCUGAUGAUGAUACUAUAAGAGAUUUGAGUUAAUAACCAAAUUCUAUUGCAGGAUUAGCUGGUUUGAGUAAUUUAGGAAAUACUUGUUUUAUGAAUAGUGGCACAUAAUGUAUAUCAAAUACUAUGCCAUUAACAGAAUAUUUUUUAAGUAAUCAAUAUUUUGAUGAAAUAAAUAUGGAUAAUCCUAUAGGAACUAAAGGUUAAUUAGUAAAAAGAGUAGGAUCUCUAUUAAAAAAGUUAUGGUAUGGAGAGAAAUCUGUUGUAACACCAACUAAUUAUAAAAAAGCUGUUGGUUAAUUUUAACCAAUGUUUAAAGGUUAUCAUUAACAUGAUUCAUCUGAAUUAAUUACUUUUGUUUUAGAUGGAAUUCAUGAAGAUUUGAAUAGAGUUAAAAAGAAACCAUAUGUUGAAACUAAAGAUAGUGAUGGAAGAACAGAUUUUGUUGUAGCUAAAGAAAGUUGGAUAAAUCAUUUAGCUAGAAAUUAAUCUAUUGUUGUUGAUUUGAUGUAUGGAUAAUAUAAAUCAACAUUAAAAUGUCCAAAAUGUGAAAGAUUUUCUAUCACAUUUGAUCCUUACUUGAUGGUAUAAUUAGGAAUACCAAGUUAAAAGAAAAGAACUAUGUCUUUUAAAUUUUUUGAUUCAUUCUUUAAUUCAACCUCUAAAAUUAUUCCAUUUGAUAAAAAUAAGAAUAUAUCAUUAAAAGAAUAUUAUCAAGUAUUGGGCUAGGAAUUAAAUGUUAAACCAUAAAACUUAUUUGCUUAUUUUGCUAAUUAAUAUACAUCAUUUGAAAUAUUAAGGGAAAAUCGAUCUAUUAUUGAUAUAAGAAAAAGUGCUAAAAGAUCAUAAUUAUGCUUUAGGGUAUUAUAAGAUGGAGAAGUUUAAAUAUAAAAUAAAUUUUUUGUUUAAUUUUCUAAUAAAUAUUAGGAAUUUUAAAAAAUGUAAUAUUUUUAGAAUGGAUUCUUUAUUUUUGAUGGAUCAAUAACAAGAAAAUAACUGCAUUUAAAUAUAUUCUACUACUUAAAUUAAUUUUUCAAAGAUUACUAAAACUUGAAUUAUGAAAAAGAUAUAUUAAAUAAAGUAUUUUUUUAAUUUAUUAUUAGUAUUACAGUCUUUUUUAUAGAUCAAAUAGUAAUUAUUGGAAUCCAUGUUCUUAUUGUUAAUCUAAAAAUUGUAAUGAUUGUGAAGUGAAAUUCGAUGAUGAAACUCUUGAGGAAACAAAAAAUAAAGUUGCUACAUCUGAUUCAUAAAGCAAUUUUGAAAUAAUUAUUUUAUGGAAAGAAAGUCCAUUUAAAUCUGUAAAUCUUAGUGAUAUUUUUAAUCACUAUCAUAAACUUAAUAAAAUUGAAAGUAAUUUACAAUUAAAAUUAUUUUAGUUGAAGAAUCAACAUAAUCAAGAUCUCCAUUUCAGAAUCAUGGCCAUUCAAAUUAGCAUUCUGCCAGCGUAACUUUAGCUGAUUGUUUGUAAUUCUCUCAAUAACCAGAAUAAUUGAAUUCAGAGAAUACAUGGUAUUGUAAAGUUUGUCAAGAACAUGUAUAAGCUUUUAAAAGCAUGUAAAUAUAUAAGGUUAAUUAAAUAUUUUAUAUAAUUAUAGGCUCCAUAAAUAUUAAUAUUCACUUUAAAACGAUUUAAAGCUUCCAAUAGAAUGUUUAAAUCAAAGCUUGAAACUUUUGUUGAUUUUCCAAUUAAUGGACUUGAUAUGACUGAUUAUCUAAUAAAUUCUAAAACACCUCAAGAAUAUGAAAAUGAAACUGAAGAUGAUAAUGGAGAAAAUAAUAAAUAAAGAGUUCUUUAUGAUUUAUAUGCUGUAUCAAAUCAUUUUGGUGGUCUUGGAGGAGGUCAUUAUACAGCUUUUGCUAAAAAUAAAGUAUUUAUUUUAUAUAUUCAAUAGUUUACAAAAAAAUGGUAUAAUUUUGAUGAUUCUCAUGUUUCAGAAACAAGUGAAUCCUAGGUAAUUACAAAAGCAGCCUAUGUUCUUUGUUAUUAAUUGAGAACAGAUGAAUCUAUGAAUAUGCAAGGGCAGCAAACUUAAACCAUAUAAUAAAUAAAUGAGUAGUAUAAUAAAUGAU